AUGGAGACUCGCCAGGUGCCCAGAAGCCCCCGGGUGCAGCUGUUGCUGUUGCUCCUGCUGCUGGUGCCCUGGGGUGUCUGCCCAGCCACCGGACUUGCCCUGCCGCCCAGACCGGCACUCAGCCUCCGCACCCCCGAGCGGGCCCGGGCGGCCGCGGGCUCCCCUCUGGCGCGGCGGAGCCUGGCGCUGGCGGACGACGCGGCUUUCCGGGAGCGCGCGCGGCUGCUGGCUGCCCUGGAGCGCCGCCACUGGCUCAACUCGUACAUGCACAAGCUGCUGGUGCUCGACGCGCGCUGA